AUGACCUCCCUCUUCUUCUCAACCCCGCUCGACAUCGAUGUUGUUCUCGAGGAUGGCGACGAGCGCCAAAUGAUAGACACCAAGCUGGAGAAAGGCCAUCGGGAGAAAGUUCCAUUGUACAUGGACGGAGAAUCGGUCAAGGGUGCUGUGACUGUCAGACCGAAGGAUGGGAAACGGCUGGAGCACACGGGUAUUAAAGUGCAAUUCAUUGGAACGAUAGAAAUCUUCUAUGACAGAGGCAACCAUCACGAAUUCCUAUCCCUGGUUCAGGAACUCGCGGCUCCCGGCGAGCUGCAACACCCGCAGACCUUCCCCUUCAACUUCAAGAACGUCGAGAAGCAAUACGAAUCAUACAAUGGCAUCAACGUGAAACUACGAUACUUUGUCCGGGUGACGGUAUCCCGGCGCAUGGCGGACGUGAUCCGGGAGAAGGACUUGUGGGUUUACUCUUACCGCAUGCCGCCGGAGACCAACAGCCCGAUCAAGAUGGAUGUCGGUAUCGAGGAUUGUCUGCAUAUUGAGUUUGAGUACUCGAAAUCAAAGUAUCAUCUCAAGGAUGUGAUCGUGGGACGCAUCUAUUUCCUGCUCGUGCGGCUGAAGAUCAAGCACAUGGAGCUGUCGAUCAUUCGACGAGAGACGACUGGGACGCGGCCGAAUGAAUAUAAUGAAAGUGAGACGUUGGUUCGGUUCGAGAUCAUGGACGGGUCACCUUCUAGAGGUGAAACCAUACCUAUCCGUCUGUUCCUUGGUGGGUUUGACUUGACACCAACAUUCCGCGACGUCAACAUGAAGUUUUCAACCCGUUAUUAUCUGAGUCUGGUACUCAUCGACGAAGACGCCCGCCGCUACUUUAAGCAAUCCGAAAUCAUCCUCCACCGUCUGGCACCUGAGAUCCCUCCAACACCCGAGGUUGCCAGGCAGCAGCAGAUUCAGAUGCAGCAGGCCGCGGAGCAAAACCACCACCAGCUGCCACCCGGCUCUGCGACUCCAGGCCCAGGACGAGAGCACAUGAGCAAUCAACACCAAGCUGUCUCUGCUCCUGCAGCUUAG